AUGGCAAAGCAUCACCCCGAUUUGAUCUUUUGUCGCAAACAACCUGGUAUUGCCAUUGGUCGCUUGUGUGAAAAGUGUGAUGGUCGUUGUGUUCUUUGCGAUAGUUAUGUGCGUCCAGCAACACUUGUUCGUAUUUGUGAUGAAUGUAAUUUUGGUUCUUUCCAAGGUCGUUGUGUUGUCUGUGGUGGUCCAGGUGUAUCCGAUGCUUAUUAUUGCGUUGGGUGUACGCGACUCGAAAAAGACCGUGAAGGUUGUCCGAAGAUCAUUAACCUUGGUUCUUCAAAAACAGAUCUAUUUUAUGAGCGGAAAAAAUUUGGGUUCAAAAAGAGAUAA